AUGUCUCUCUCUGGAAAAGUCGUCCUCAUCACUGGCUCCUCCAAAGGAAUCGGAAAGGCAACAGUCCUCCGCCUUGCCAGCGAAGGAGCCAGCGUAAUAAUCAACUACCUCUCCGAUGAAGCCGCAGCCAACAACCUUGUCGCACAGAUCGGGCCCGACCGCGCCUUAGCUGUCCAAGCAGAUGCAUCCAAUCUGUCCGAUCUCGAUCGCCUCGUGGAUUCCGCAGUCGCCAAGUUCGGGAAGAUUGACAUCCUCAUUCCAAAUGCAGGAAUCCUCCCAAUGAAGGACUUGGAGAAUACAACCGAAGCGGAUUUUGACAACGCAUACAAUCUCAUGGUGAAGGGCCCAUACUUCCUAGCCCAGAAAGCCACAAAGCACAUGCCCUCCGGUGGCAGGGUCAUUUUCAUCUCUACAGGGAUCACUGCUCUUUCCAGCGUCGCACCCGCCUAUCUUCUCUAUGCGUCUGCUAAAGGUGCCAUCAAUCAAAUGGCUCGUGUCAUGGCCAAAGACCUGGCACGGAAGAAUAUUAUCGUGAAUGCCGUCGCACCGGGGCCUACCACUACCGAGCUCUUCUUGAAGGGGAAGUCAGAACAGGUCCUCAAUGCAGUCGCUGGGUUUAGUCCGUUUGGUCGGAUUGGGAAACCGGAGGAGAUUGCUAAUGUCAUUGCCUUUUUGUGUGGAGAGGAUAGUAGCUGGAUGUCAGGUCAGAUUGUGCAGGUCAAUGGCGGAAUGGCGUAG